AUGUCUAGCAACAGCGCACAGAACACACUCCUGACGGCCACAGCCAUGACGGCUGCCAUUGCUGUAGUUGGUUUGUCCGUGGCCCAAAGCGACGUGGUAUCUCGAAAAAUCUUGUCUUCGGAACGGUUGCAAGCCAAGCGUAUGCAGGAAUAUUCUUAUCGUUGGCAGCAGUCCAACGAAAAAGCCUUGUUGCGAGUUCUAUACGCCUUGUCGGGGGGGGUCAGAGCCCUCGAGGAGGAGGAUCAAAUUCAGAAACCACCCGAGCCCAGUAUGAGCAAGAUUUGGGACAAAAGCAGUCUGGAGGCUUUGAUCGAGGAAUGGAUUGCCAAUGACAAGCAACAGGAAAAGGAAGCUCGAAAUAAGGAACCCCAAAAGACCAGUGUGUCACCCUUUCCUCGAAUUUUGGGAAUUUCCCAACAAAUCGAAAGUUGUGAGAUGAUCUUGGAACUGUACCAUCCUCACAGUGGAAGCUACCAGCUGCCUUUAUUAGACUUUGGAACGGCACUGGCAGACAUUUUGGAGUCUACGAUUACUACUACAGCUUUGUGUUUUGUGGCAGACGCCAGUUCCGGUUUGGGUAGCCGAAUGGUAGCAGAUCUUUUGGAGGCGUCCAAGGCGGGAGUUGCCAUCAUUCGAGAGCCCAUUUGGAUGGCCUCUUUUGCCGAUAUGGCAGCACGGAGAAUUAUCCGACAAGAAAGGUUGCAGAAAAUCAUUUUUGGAUUGUGUCGCAUGGAGGCUCUCCGAGUAAGAAAGCAAGUGGGAGAAGCUAGGACUGUGAUGUUUACUAUUCCCGGCCAGGCCGUCACUCCAAUCCUACUGCCUUUGUUGCAGGCAGCAUUCCCGGAGGAUCGACAUGUCUUUGCUUACGAUAGUUGUGCCCACUCGGUGGAACGAGCAUUGGCGCACCGGAAUCGGUAUCGACGUGCCACCGUGCCCGAAUCCAUGGCGGAAGCUUUUUCCUUUGACAAUAGCGACCCAACAAUGUCGGAUCCCACGCGGUUCACAACUCCUCUUCGGUCCGGUUUGUACAAAUCUGUCCUGGGGCUUACCAAGGCUUUGGCAGGUGUGCGACUGUACCAUGCCGAUACCAUCCAGGCGUGGAUGGCGAGUGUCGAUGCCUUUUUCAAGUUAAAGGAAGACGAAAAAUCAACGGGAUAUUUACCGUACACCCUGAAACUGGGUCUUUUGCUUGACAAUCCACAGGGAAGCCUCGAACCGGAGAGUGACCGGUACUAUAGUUUGGCCAGUCUGAUGCAGUUCAUCACUGGAUGUCGAUCUCGACCUCUACCGGAGGGUGUCAUGGAUGCAGCAAGGGAAUGGCUUCGAGAUUUUGCACAGCAACAUGCAAAAGAAAAAGGAACCGAGACAAAGUUGACUAAGGUUGAAAAGAAGGCUCUAGAGAAUUGCGUGUUUGCGCACAAGUUGAUCUUGAUUGAAGAUAAGACUCUCAAGGAUACGGUGUUGCCGCGACAGCAUUGGACGCUGAAACAAGCCUACAAGAAGGGAUGCGCAUGCUGUGCUCCCGAAGAAGAAGAAGACGAAGAAGAGGAGGAGAGAAACGCCAACAACAUCGACAUGGCGGUUGGAAACAGCCGAGACGAUUCUCGGCCUAGUGCAGAAUCCAACGGCAAUGGUUACGUCGAUGGCAAGGCCACUUUUGCUUUUGAUCCAUCCAAAUUCUCCGCCCCAGCACCUGCACCAGCACCCAAACGUCCAAAGUUUGUGGACGGGAAAACGACUUUUGCCUUUGACCCAACCAAGUUUUCUUAG